GUGAGGGUGAGAGUGGAACGUUUCGCUGCUGAUCGAAUACUCGUCAAGGUUAUUUGCCAACCACUUGUAAGAGAUAUUGUUACUGGAAAAUAUACAGGGAUGGCCACUGGAGGACACCAAAUCUUAUUCCAAGGAAAAACCACUGUUGCCUGGAUGCCCAAGGAUGGCCCUCACUCCCUCGUCAUCUCUCUCACUGAUUACAGAGUUUUCCAUAAGACUGCAAAAACUGUCCAUAUAGACGAAUUCGAAUUAAUACAGCAAUCGCAGUGUUUACCCCAACAAAUGCUCAGCGUUACAAAGUCCAUGAGUCACCUGCUUCACAAACAAAAUGAUUUAGAGUUUAUAUGGUAUGGUAUUGUUGAUCCCAAAGAAACCACUAAUGUCUAUGGGAAUGUAAGUUUUGUACUUGAUGUGAUGAAGUUCAUGUCUCACUGCCAACACUCAUUUUAUAUAUAUUAUGUUGAAACUGUAGAUUACAAAACAUGUAGUAUAAGCCACAUUCUCUUUAGCAGAAAGCACUACGACUACCUAACAAAGUAUGACCCAAGUAUCUUUGGCGGACCCUGGUUCAUAGACCCAGCUGGCAGGCAUUGCUGGCUAAGUAAUGCCAGAGGGUUUGACGGGAAAUCUAGUGUCUAUGGUCACAGACUAGAAUUUAUGUUAGAGUUCGGACAAGAUGAUGCACGUUGGUUAUAUAACGAAUCUGUUCCAAUCCCUGUUGAUCACCAAUCCUAUGCAAGCCAAAGGCACAUAUGUCUAAGGAAUCGUAAGGUACUCUGUAAUUCUCCUUUCAGCAGAGAACGAACAACGGAUAUACUAGUGGCCCAAGGCUUCACUCAAUUUGAAAAUGAAGUACCUACUAGUCAACUCCCAUCGUCUGGAAGAGGUGAGGAAACAGCUCAGCCUCAAGAUUAUCAACAAAGAGAGCAGUUAUCAGGCGUGCUUUCUAGCAAUACACAGAACACUGCAGUGCCUUCAGCGGAACCCCCAGACACCAAUCGGCACACCAACGCGAAUGUCCAGUUUUAAGAUAUUUGAUACUAAUCGCCUAAAGCCAUUAUUCAAUUUAUAUCCUUAAUUUUUCACAUCAAUACACCAACAGCACAAAUCUUUCAACCCAAGUUGCGAGAAAAAGAACCACUACACCUAAUGCCACCGUUAAAAAGAAUUCCAAAAGAAGAUACCAAAAGCCCAAAUGAAAUCGAUCUCUUUUCUUACUAUCAAUUGCAAUACAACUGCCAUUAUUUAUAGGCCUCAAUCAGGUAUUACUGUUUAAGAUGUGAGCAAAAUUCAUGUGGUUCAACAUUUCUCAACUCCUUUUCACCGUUACACAGCCAGUCGUCACUGAAUCUCUGACUGACUCCUCAGCGAGUAACCGAAAAUUUUACCUUGAAAUGGUGAAGAUCACAAGGCAAAGCCUUUUUGUUCAGUCUGAGAAAUGCAGAUUUUCUUAUGGUUCCCUUAUCUUCGAAUAUUUUUACUUUUCCUCCCAUGAUGUUAACUUCAAAACCUCAACUUUCACAUUUCAAUAGAAGACGGCAGACGACAAAAUAGUAAAAAUGAUUGACACACUAAAUACAUGAUGCCUGUA